UACUUCCUUAUCGCGCAGAUUAAGACUUGGAGUUCGAGGUUUGGAAUAAUCUGCAUCUUCUUCCUCUGCGGCUCUUUUACGAUUAGCAUUUCCCCCAAAUUUUGUGGCUGCGACGAAGACGUAGAUAUCAAAACUCCCUGGAAUCAUACCUUGCGGAAGUUGAUCUCUUCUUCUGGAGAGAAGGAGAAGCGGAGAACAUAAUCAUGGACCUCACCAAACUUGACUCCAAACAAUAUUAUGCUACGAGUAGCCUUGUUGUAGGCUAUGCUCUCUGUUCUAGUUUGCUCGCUGUCAUCAAUAAGUUUGCCAUUACAAUGUUCAAUUAUCCUGGCCUGUUGACGGCAUUGCAGUACUUGACCUCGGCUCUUGGUGUUUGGGUUCUUGGGAAGCUGGGUUUUCUCCACCAUGAUUCAUUUAACUUCGAGACAGCCAAGAAGUUUUUACCUGCAGCAACUGUCUUUUACCUAGCCAUUUUCACCAAUACUAAUCUCCUAAGGCAUGCGAAUGUCGAUACUUUCAUUGUGUUCCGGUCCCUGACUCCCCUCCUUGUUGCCAUUGCUGAUACCACCUUCAGAAAACAGCCGUGCCCUUCAAAGUUCACUUUCUUCUCUCUUGUGGUUAUUCUCGCUGGUGCAGUUGGCUAUGUCAUGACUGAUUCAGCAUUCAAUCUCACUGCAUACUCUUGGGCCCUUGCUUAUUUGGUAACUAUCACAACUGAGAUGGUUUACAUCAAGCACAUGGUCACAAACCUAGGAUUGAAUACAUGGGGUUUUGUCUUCUACAACAAUCUUCUGUCCUUAAUGAUGGCACCGAUCUUUUGGAUUAUUACUGGAGAAUACACAGAUGUUUUUACUGCCUAUGGAUCACAUUCAAAGAAUUGGUUUGAUUCUGUUGCUUUUGUGGCAGUAGCUUUAUCUUGUGUUUUUGGAUUGUUGAUCAGUUUCUUUGGGUUUGCGGCAAGGAAAGCAAUAUCUGCCACUGCAUUUACAGUUACAGGUGUUGUCAACAAGUUUCUUACUGUUGCAAUCAAUGUAUUGAUAUGGGAUAAGCAUGCAAGCCCACUUGGUUUAGUUUGCUUGCUUUUAACACUUGUGGGGGGGAUUCUGUAUCAACAAUCAGUUACUGGCAAAGGACCAAUUCCGCAUGGAUCUGCACUUCCUAAGCAAGCAAGUGUACCAGUUAAGGUUGACUCUGGAGAUGAAAACGAACAGUCAGGUCUCUCCGGCAAGAAUUAAGCUGUAUGAUCUCUAUGUAGUAGAGUUUCCUUCUUGUCUUGUAGGCAAACUUGUGCUACAAUACUUACUUUUCCUAUAUGGUAAAACUUUUGAUGAUUCAUUAUAUUAGAAUUUUAUGGUAAGAUUUGAUUUA